GCACGUUGAUACCUAGAAAAAGAGAAAUAGUAGGGGGAUGGUUGUCUGACUCUUAUUGACCAAUUGUGUUUAUUUUUAAUCAGUUGUAAAGAGAUUUUCAUUUCUUUUUAUUUGAUUCGCAUGUUGUUUUAAAAUUAGUCGAAUCAAUGAAAGACAUAGUUCCUUGGCCAUUCCCUCAGUCGCUGAAUGGAUUUCUAUGGCGGCUAUCGAGUCGUUUCAUCAUAUCAGCCGUGGGCUUUAUUGGCAAAUUUAUACUCAGUAACAGCACUCCAUAUGUGAUGAAUUCAACCCGAGUGGUGAACAGACACAUAUUAGUCGACACCCUCGACAGUCGCCCAUGUCAUGUUCCUGUGAUUACUGUAGCAAACCACACAUCAUGUUUUGAUGACCCUGGACUUUGGAGUAUUCUCCCUAUUAGACAUGUGUUUAAUGUUGACAUCAUACGAUGGUCUCUCACUGCUCAUAAUAUCUGCUUCACAAAUAAUAUGCAUUCUCAGUUCUUUGCCAGAGGGAAAUGUGUUCCUGUCGUCAGAGGUGGAGGAGUUUAUCAACGUGCCAUGGAUUACUGCAUUCAAAAGUUAAAUGAUGGACAGUGGGUCCAUGUUUUCCCUGAAGGAAGAGUAAACAUGGACAAUAGUUUCAUACGUUUCAAGUGGGGAGUGGGCCGACUCAUUGCCGAGUCUAAAGUCAUGCCUAUAGUAGUACCGUUCUGGCAUUGCGGAAUGGAUCAGGUGUUGCCCAACGAAUACCCUUAUCGUUUCCAAUGGGGAAAGCAGGUGUUGGUCAACUUCGGACAGCCAAUCGACUUAAAGGAGGUUAUGCAACAAGCCAAAGAUUUGAACGCCGACGAUACAAUGCUUCGCAAGAUGAUCACGGACAAAAUUCAAGAUGAAAUGAUGAUUCUCAAGGACCAAACGGAGAGAAUGUAUUCAAAACUAAAAAAAACGAGCUGAAUUUAAUUUGUUUUUUUGAACAGAUAAAAGUGUACAAUUUAUAAAUCCAGAGCUUAAGCACUGAAUUGUUAUACAUAGUACAACUAUAAAGAAAAAUGAUUACUGUCUCGGUCAAAUACAAUUACGUAUUUGUUAAA